AUGGGAACCAGCGAAAGCUGCUGCAAGAAGGAUGUGGCGCCUGUGGCUUCCAAAGAGUUUAAGGAGAUUAUCCAUGCAGCUCCGGUCAUGGAAGCUGAAGACCUGGCUAAGAUGGGCGACGACCUCCAGGAUUUGAGGAUUGAGGAAGUUGAUGACGUUGAUGCUGCACCCACAGAGUUCGAAGCGGAACAUGCUUCGGAGCCAGACGUCAGCCUGGACCCCCGUUUGCUGCGCGGGAUCUCUUUGCACCGAUCCUUACGAGAUCUCGGACGGGUCUGGAAGACUGCCCCCAGCAAGUUAAGAGAGGUGGAUCACGCCUUCCUGUCCAGGAGGGUCACUCAGGUGGAUGGUUUUGAUGUGUUCUUGUCGCACACAUGGCAGACCUCAGGGAGAUUGAAAGUUUGGGCCCUGUUGCUUCGGACGGGCUGGCCCUGCAUCCUGAUCUUGUGGUGUUUCUUCAAUGUGAUGGCGGCGUCACUCUACGUUGCGGAGCUGCUUCCAUAUCACACUUGGUACUACGAUACGUCCUACAACUUCGCGGGCUGGGUGCCUCACGGUCUUUGGAUGAGGGCUGCGGCGAUUUUGGCGGUCCUGAUGGGCUUGGCUGUGGCGCCCUACCGCUGUAGCUCUGAGAUUUGCUUCGUGGACGUGGUGAGUAUCAACCAAGCAGAUCCACGGUUGACAAGACUUGGGGUCUACGGACUGGAAGGUUUUCUGUCAAAAUCGAAAGAGCUCCGAGUUCUGUGGAGCCCUCCGUUGCUCUCGAGGCUUUGGUGUAUCUUUGAGCUGGCAGCCUUUCGCAAGGCCAAUCCAAGUGGUCAGGUGGUCCUGGCUCCACUGUACGUGGAAACUAUGAUCGGCAUGGUCAUGAUGGGGUUAAUUGUCAUCAUGAUUACCUUCAUGCUUGCUCAGAUACUGGCCUGGGGUGAAUUUGGAUACAUCUCUACCGCCUUCAGCCUGCUUCCAAUACUUCCACUAGUCCACUAUGUCCGAAGAACAUUGCGAGAGAAAAGAAGGCUGGUGGCUGCACUCGAAAGCUUUGACCUGCACGAGGCUGGUUGCAGCACUGACUUUGACCGAGAGUUCAUACAUGCGCGGAUCUCUGAGUGGUAUGGUAGCCCGGAGGCCUUCACUGAGUACGUGCGAGGCCCAUUGUUCCGAGAACUGGCAGGGCCCUUGUCCGGCAUCCAGGUUCCAAUCGCUUACUGGGCUCUAAUCGCAGCAAUUGAGACAAGCUCUUUACUAGAGUUUCAAAUGAGCUACUAUCUUGGCGGGGCUCCCUGGGACACGUUGCUUUCUCAUUUUUUGGCUUCUGUCCUCGCGAGCGUGCUAUGGCGAGUCGUUUGCUUAACUCUUUCUCUUAACCUUUGCGAUUGGUGUAGCGCUCGCAGCAGCUUGACCAUUGAUCUCCUCAAGAGCUUCUUGGUUUGGAUCCUGACAUGUGGAAUCCUCUAUGUUUCCAUGGUACUGGACUUCAUUUGCCAACGCGGAGGCCCCUUGACGGCAGCACUCAAUGCCUUGGCCGCAAUCUUCGUGGCGUUUUUGUCCCUGGGUGGCUGGAACUGGCUCUGUCGUGGACGGCGCUGA